AUGUCGGGAGAUAUUUAUGCCAAUGCAGAUAUGUCAAAGAAGGUGAGAUACAAAAGAAAUAUGCAGGAAAACAAAGAAGAGUGGGAUGAAAGGGAGGUGGUAAUAUAUGCUAUCGGAGAUGAUCACACUGAUAAUCAGUCAGCAGGAGGAGGACCAGACACUGAGAGACAUCCUCCAGCUGUCCAAAGGAAGACUUUCAGGGCUGCAGCACUCUGUCUGGCAGUGCUCUGCUUUCUGAUGAUGACUGGACUCAUCCUCUUAUCCGUAUACUUCAUUUUGCUGCAGACCAAACACGAGGUGCUACAGACUAGAUACAAACAACUGAGCAACAACAACAGUCAGCUCCAGGUGAAAGUUUCAGAGAAGUGGUGUUCUGAUGGAUGGACGACAUUUGGACGCAGUUGUUACUUCAAAUCUAAAGAGAAGAAUACUUGGGAUGGAAGCAGAGCUGACUGCAGAGAGGAGAGAGGAGCAGAUCUGGUCGUCAUAAACAACGAAGAAGAACAGAAGUUUGUCUCUGAGCUGAAUAAGGAUGGAGAGUCCUGGAUUGGUCUACGGAAUAUAGGGACAUACUCAUACUCAGAAUGGAAAUGGGUGGAUGGAUCACCGCUGAGAAAAACGUUUUGGGCAUCAGGACUGACUCGCAAUGACGAUCACCUGUACGCUGCAACAUGUUGCGAUCAACAAGGAAAAUGGAAAAAACGUAGAUAUGAUGAUUAUAAGAACGGGAUCUGUGAGAAAAUUAUUAUCUGAACUCUUUGAUGACAGAAGGGUGUCUAGUGUUGGGCCCAGCUUUGUUAAAUCAGACCAAUUAUUUAACAUUUGCUCAGCUGUAUAUUCUGUGUUGCUAAAUAACCUGGAUUACAGAGAUAUUGUUCCUCUGCCCUUCAUAGUGCACAAUCUGGUUAGAAGUCAUGUGUUACUCUGUAGUACUACAGGAUAAUUAUAAUAAAAGAUAAUAAAAACAUGGAUUAGCAGGUUGCCUUUACCUUGGUUUACUUAUAGUUUGUAAUCAGUUAGAAGUUGUUCCUGUGUUUCCUUUGAUAAACCUGCAGUCAGCUGCUAAUUUCCAGCUGCCAGAGA